GAAGUAAUAAUAAGGUAUUUAGAGUUAGUGAAAAAAAAAAAUAAAAUAAAUAAUAAUAAUAAUUUUCUUUACGGUUGCCAAAACCUAUUAGUUUUAGUUAUUGUGCGAUAUUUCUGUGUUCUGUCGACAAACAAUAGAAUUCGGUGACGUGAUUUCGUUUUUGUAACCCAAUCGUUUUUCAAUUUGUAUUCGGAAAUAAUUAGGAAUGUCCGACGGGGACGUGAUCAAAGACAGCGUGGAUAAGUUGGCGAUUCACGAUGACGACGAAAUCGAUUCCAACUACAAACCGCCGCCGGAAAAAACUAUUGAAGAGCUCUUAAAUGCUGACAAGGAAGACGCGAGCUUGCAAAAAUACAAGGAAAAAUUGCUUGGCGAUGCUAACAGUGGGAAAAUAAUUUUUGAUGAAGAUAAUCCAAAUAAAGUGAUUGUCAAGAAAUUAGCAUUAUGUGUUACUGAUAGACCAGACAUGGAACUUGAUUUGUCAGGCGAUUUAACAAAUUUAAAAAAACAGGUGUUCAUUAUAAAAGAAGGAAUAUCAUAUAAGAUUAGAAUAGAUUUUAUAGUACAACGAGAAAUUGUUCAUGGUCUCAAAUAUGUUCAAAAGACUUAUCGUCUUGGUGUACCAGUGGACAAAAUGACUCACAUGGUUGGAUCGUAUCCACCGAAGAUGGAGAUACAGAGUUAUACAACACCAGCUGAAGAUGCUCCGAGUGGCAUGAUGGCACGUGGCUCAUACACAGUUCAUUCUUUGUUUACGGAUGAUGACAAAAAGGAACAUUUAAAAUGGGAAUGGGUAUUCGAGAUUAAAAAAGACUGGAAGGACAACUAAUUUACAGGGAAUUUGAAAUAUCAGUUAUAAAUUAAAAUCAUAAAUUUAUAACAAUUUAAUUACAUAAACAAAUGCUUUAAUAAGAUUAUUUUCAUUCAUAUUUUUCUUAGAUAUAUAGAUAAUUUUAAUUUAAUAAGUCAAUUCAAUUUUUAUUCGUAUUAUUAUUAUUAUUAUUUUUGUAAUUUUCAAUAAUUGAACAUUUCAUGGUUAUUUAUAAAUAUAUAUAUAUUUGUAAUUUUAUAUAUGUAUGUAUAAAUACUAUUUUAUUUAGACUACGUCUGAUUUUGGUGCCAAAGUUUUAAUUCGAUCAAAUUCUUUCUAUCUGCUCAGGUCUCUAAUAAGUUUUUCAAAAAGUUAUGUUUACUUAAUAUAUUUGGGGACCGUGGGAUUUCAAUCGAACAAUAUAAUUAGAUUUUAUUAUUUUAACAUCACUUAAAAAUUUAAUAUUGUAUUUUCGUGAAAGGAAAAUUAAUUUUUUAUUGUAAUUUUUUUUAUACCUCAUCGUACAUAAUUGUAUUCAUAUUCAAUUACAUUCAUAAGUUUCUAAGUGUAUGUAAUAGAUCAAAUAAUAAAUCAUUAUUCAAAUAUAAA